AGUGCAGCCGGCUCUGGUGAAAUGGAAUGCAGAAAGCCGGCUUUGGAAGCUGCAGCCGGCUCUGGAAGCUGCAGCCGGCUCUACAGGCAAAAUUUUGAAGACCGUUGUUUGGCGCGCGCGGAGAAAAGGCGCAAAGCCGGCUCUGGCUUUGUAGCCGGCUGUGAGGGUGCAUUUAAUGCACAAUGGUCGAGUCAUUUGAAGAUUAUUAAUGUAUUUAAAGUCAGAGUUGCAAAGCCGGCUCAAAGUUUUGCAGCCGGCUCCCGAGAAAAACAGAAUGGUCUGCAGACCCGGAUAGCAGGCUUUGGAAAUGUAAACCGGCUCUACAGAGCCGGCUCUAAUAUGUUAAGUCGGCUCUCCUGACAAUUCUGCAGCUCGAGCUUUGUGUCCUGCAGAGCAUUUAAUGACCCCCAACGGCUAGAAACGGCUAUUUUCGAGCAAGGGGCUAUAAAUAUGGUUGGUAACAGAUCUGAAGAAGGUUGGAGAACGUUGCAUUGAAUAUCUUUACCUACCCACUAGAGCUUUAACUUGAGUUUUUGAUCUUUGAGUGAUCAUUGCUUGUAAUCCUCUUCUUGUGCUUUUAGUGAGUGAUCUUGGGGGUGUGUUAAUUCCUUCAAGAGUGAUCUAUUGAGAGGAUUCGUGGGGUUUACAUUGUAAGAGGGUGAGGUUUGAGAGAAACACUCAUCUUAUUGUAAAAGGAUUGAGUGGCUCCUUUAAGCCACCCUUGUUGUUGUUAGUGGAGAGUGUGGAGGAAAUCCUUGGUGAAUGAAGCCAAGGUAGAGGACUAGGCUCCAAGUGGUUGGGCCGAACCUCUAUAAAUCAUUGAGCAAGCUCUUCUUCUCUACUCUCGUUAAUUUGGGUGUUGUGGUUGCAAAAAGGGGAGAAUUUUUGGAACUCCAAUUCACCCCCCCUCUUGGAGUACAUUAAGUCAACAAAGGUUUUGAGGCUUUAUUAUGAUUUGAUUGAUAGAUAUCAAUCUAAAACUUCCCAAAAUGAGAGGUGUGUGCAAGUGUCUAGCCCUAGCCCUACUCCACUAGUGGUUGCCUCAUCUUCCUCUAUGAUUGGUAAUAAAAAUUUCGUUGAAAAAUUCAAGACAUUCCUUAGUUCAAAAGGUAGUGCACCAGCUGUGAAAUCGGAGUUAGAUGCUUAUUUAGAGGAAAGGGUGGUUCCAUUUGAGGUAGGAGAAACUUUUGAUAUUCUGAAUUAGUGAAAAGUUCAUGGGGCUAGGUUUCCUAUAUUGCAAAUGCUUGCUAAAGAUGUGUUUGUCAUUCCCAUAUCCACUGUACCUUCAGAAUCAAGCUGAGACCAAAUACAAUACAAGCAUUGAUGUGUC